AUGAAAUACAUCAAAGAUUUAUUAAAGUUUCAUAAUAAAAUAUAUGACUGUCAUAUUUCAAUUUACAACAAAAAAUCUAAAAAAGUUUUCGAACUUUUGAAAAACUUGUCGAUGAGCCUCAUCACCACCUCUGCUCAUGAAAGUGCCUCGGAUUCCCCUGUACAACAACCAAAGGCGCAACACAUUAUUGGUAUAUCCAACACACUUAUGAGUAAACCAAAGUUAAAAGAAAAGAAACCAUUAAUUGAUGAACCACCCACUCAAACUGUUUAUGACAAUUCAAAAUCAGGAAUUAUUACCGAAGACACUCCUAUUCAAAAUCAAUUACCGUCCAAAAACACUAUAACUUCGGAUGACGAUAAUAAUCCAUUUUUAAACACCCCAAAAGAUUCAGUUGAGUCCCAACUCGACUCGGGCACCUUUGACUUUGGUUCUGCAGAAGAGGGGUCUGACGUGUCAUGCGAGUGUGUGUGUGACAACAAAGAGACUGAAAGAGUCGGAGUCAAACUGAAAUUGUCCGACUUCAAACAGUCUUCAAAACAGACGGACUUUGGCUUUGAGUUGGGCUACGGUCUUAAUAGCGAUGAUGGGAGUGUGAAGCCCAGUUUAGUUGAACCGUCCAAAUUUAGUAACAAAGAAAAGAAGGAAGAAAAAGCAGAGAAAAUUCUGCUUCCACAAAAAGUUGAGAUGGCCGAUGGCAUUAAAGAUGACGAAUUCCCCUCAAAACCAGUUGUCGAAGAGAAGUCGGCGCCCCGCAAUUUUCAAACCACAUUUGAGUCAUCCGACAAAACAACGACACCAAAAUUUGAAGAAGAUAAGUCUUCAUAUAGUGGGUUUGAUGAUUUUGGCAAUUCCGAGGAGUUUGGGAGCUCCAGUUUAGUGCAAAAGAGCAGUUGUAUUGAAACACAAAUGCAUGUUCAACAACCCACAAGUGGUGUCAUAGAUGAGCACCCCACAAUUAGUAAAGGGAGUUUUAUCGAGGAACAUAAAAUGGAAGGAAAGUCAAUUAAAAUGUGGCAACCAUCUUUGAGUGAUUUCAAAAAAAAUGAUGAAAAUACUCAGAAAGAUAUGACAAUAGAAAAUUUGAAAGAAACUGAAAAUACAAAGAAUGAUGAGACAGGCGACGCACGCAUAUGCUGUGAAUCGUCAAAACAAAAAAGAAAAAAACACUUUUCGACGAAUAAAACGGUCGAAUUGGAGCCUCGGCAAUCCUUUAUGAUUAAAGGGACACAUAAUAAAGAUGAGAAAAAUAUGAGUAUUAGAGGGUUUAAAGGAGUGAAAGCAAUGGAAAUAAGGCAACGAGUUGUUGAAGACGAGGAACGAUUGAGAAAAGAAGAGGAAGAAAGAAGAGAGCGACAAGAACUUGAGAACAAGACAAGUGCUUUAGAGCAAGACAAAGAAGAGAAUUUGAAAAAUGGAAUUAUAGCAUCAUAUCUCCCUCUUUUACAGGAGUGGACAAAAAAGAAGAAGUACAACGUGAUAUUCAACUCCAAGUUUGAUGGAUUAAAUCGAGAGACGUUCAACAACAGAGUGUGUUUGAAAGAAAACAUCAUGUUUCUUGUCUUCACAAAAGAAGGUCAUCUGUUCGGAAGCUUUAACACAAAGAGAAUGCCAGCACAUAUGACUGAAGGGUUUAUUAUGGACGACCAAACACAUUUUGUAUUCACCCUGCGCAAUUCUAAGGAUUGCCCACCAACAAAGUUUACAAAGAAAAGUUGGAAUGGACCAUCUGUUGGUAUCAAUUUUAGUGGAUUUAAAGAGGGAGAUGACGAUGGUAUGAUCCUGGCAGUGAGGUGGGCGUUUUAUAUUCGCGAGAAGUCCGGGAGCAUUUCGCCAUCAUUCACCUCAGUGUAUAAUGACAUCGUCGGAAAGGAAUACUUUGUGUUUACUACCAACACGUUGAUUAACGUAGAGAGGCUUGUCGCAUUGGAGUGGAAAGACGAGUAA